GCUCGAUUCAGUCCCACGUCGCUCGUCGGCCAGCGCGCCCGAACGUGCGCUCACGCGACAUCUCUAUGGGCUACGAUCGACCAGACGAACAUACAAAACUUAAACGUAGCCUUUAUUUCCUACCUAAUCACUCGAAGAAAAACCGAACGAAUUACGCGAGUUAAGUUUCGAAAAUAUUAAUAAUUCAGGAAGAAAAUGACUCUUAAACUUCACUAUCAAAACUUUUUUCAAUUUAUAAAUACGUAUUUUCGUGAUUAACGUCUGUACCAAAUUUCAAUUAAUUUCGCAGUUAUUUUUUCAACAUGCAUCUCGGAAAUUUGUAUCGAAACUUAUUUAUACACAAGAAACGACUGAAAAUUUCUAUUCGCAACCUUUAAAAUUUUACACCUUUGUAACAAGAUUUACACGAAUAUAUUAAUAGUUUUGGACAUUAUUUUUAUCCUGAUGUAUCUCUCGGUAGGAAUAAGUCUGACCAAAGACAUUUGAAUAUAGUAAAAGAAUAGACUGUGUUUAAAAUUAAACAUUAAUAGUGUGCUUUCGAGUGGUUUAAAGACAUUGUGUAGUUAUAAAAAAUAUAUUUAAAAGUAGAGUCUAGUGAAUGUUUUAGUGUCCCUGUGUGUUUUAGUACUUACUACCAACAUAUAAAAUAAUUUUGGUUGAAAACAACUUCAAAAGGACAAGCGGAAAAUUUUGUACGAAGAAAAUUAUCCUACCUCCUUUACAUGGCUCAAAAUCUUCCCUGUAAAACAUUCCUUACUCCACUCCACGAUUCGAAAAGUCAUAAAAAAGAAACAUUCCACAGAUUUAAUUUUUCACAAAGCCUUGCAAUUGUAACUGUGUAUUAAGAGAAGAAAUAAUAAGACACAUUGAAAGGCUAAGCUAGUGAGUAAAACGCGCGUGAACCUCUUCGGAGGGCGCGAGGGGCCGGCGCGAUGCGGUCUCGCCAGGGAUGUACGUAAUAUAUCCUGCGGACGAAGUAGUUUCCCUGACAUACAGCUCGCAUUCGCUGCCACGGCCUCGGCAGCGACCGACCCUCGAUAUUAUCUUCGGGCCACCGCCGCCCGUGCCGUCUAGUGCGAAUUUCCUAACCCCGACCCCCACCCCGCCCCGCGCCGCCUCAGUCCCCAAAACGGCGCCCCCGGAGCCCGCGGAGCGCACGCCGGCCUCGCCGACGCCGUCGCUCGAGCGGCCGGCUAAGCUGCGCGAGCGCACGAAAGCAAAACUCCUCAAAAAACUCGGCCGCCAUGAGGACAAUGAAUUCGGAAAGAUAAUUAGAACCCCCGCCCCCGAUGAAUUCGAGCUGCCCGCACCACUGCCUACCCCCGCAUUUUCGCGGAAGAACAUUUUUGACAGAGACUUUGACGCUUUAUUUGAGGUUGCGAGUACGCCAGAAUUCUGUGCAAAUAUACGCGUGACUACUCCGGAACCAGACCGUAGGUCUGAUGUAUCGGCGGCGCAUUUCCCUUCACCCACUGCAUCCUCCCUUAGUCUAUUACCUCCUCGGCCACAGUCGGAGCCUGCUCCGAGUUCCUCUCCCUCACCCUCCGCCCGUACGUCCUCAAUAUCGACGCCUCCAACACAACGAUCAUCUUUCGAAGGAUCAAACUCAAAACCGAAGAAAGUUAGUUUUUUCCGAAAACUAAGUCGGGCAAAGGAGGCAUCCCCUUCUCGUCCAGCCACCAUGCAGCAGCCGUCGAUUGAGAUGGCUCUUCGGGAGCUGACUCAUCCGGCACAUAAUGAUCAAUUGAAAAAUCAGCAACAAGUCACCUUCAAACUGGUCAAAACAGUCACGGACUUCACGACGCAGCUGUCACAACUUUACGAACGUCACUCGUCAGAACUACAACUGCUCGUUUCGACUUUUAGGAAACGGAAUAGCGAUCUGAGGAAAGAGAGAGCCAGCUGUCCUUCUUCUCUUUUCCAUACAUGGGAGACACUACUGCAGGAAGUUGAGGCUGAUGUUGUCUGUUACAACAACGCCGCUUCAUCGCUGGAGCGAGUGGUGGCGACCCCACUUCUUGAGAAAACUUUUCACAUGAAGGUCCAAGCGAGAAAACUCUUCGCUCAUCGAGAAGGCUGCGAAGUAAUACUCGGGAAGGCUGAUGAUCAGCUUAACAAGAGCCGUCAGGACUACAGGACAGCGUUCCUGAACUAUUGCAACAACUCGAACCCCGUGAACCUCGCAACGUAUUAUGACUCGCAUAACAAUUACGUGCAACAGCUGACCGCUACCAACGCCAUGAUAGAACAAUAUCAUAAGCAUACAUUACCUACAAUAUUACAGGAGCUGGAGGAAAUUUUGACUGACGUAACGACUGCUGUCAGUGACGCGAUUUGUCAAGAAGGAGAAAUAAUGACCGACAAGAGUAACAACCAGCUUCGACGCUACGAGUCUCUAUGUGCGCAAGCGCGCGCAGUAUCGAGCACUGCGGAUUUGGCGCAUCUUGCGCGUACGCUGCUAACCAACCAGCCACCAAUGCGGACACCGCUACGUGCUUUCUUGCCACCGUAUCCACCAGAACCAGAUGAUCCACCGCUUGACGUGGCUGCGGAGAGCAUGCCGCCAGUGUUACGUGGAGAGAUGUUGCUUGAUCGUAUGGGCGGAGGGCAAGCACGGCUGAACUACGAGCAACUGAGAAAGGACGCUCAAGAUCUUGAAUUACAAAUCAAACAACUACAGGAUGGACUGGACUCUUUAGCCCGGCUGCAGGCUCGGAGCCUCGAGGGAAGCCUGUAUAAUAAAGUCAACGAAAUACAAGAGGAUAUAUCCGUCAAGAAGUACGACUAUCGCGCUACGCAGCUUCACCUGGCUGCAGUUAGAGCUCAGAGAGAGCUUUUUGCGGCUAAAGCAGACAGCAGCACAACCGCAGCUGAUCGAAAGUUAUCGUCUUCAUCUGCAGGCAGCAUGAAGAAUAAGUGGCUCAAAGCCUUUCGUAGCCUUAAGCCCCCGAGCGCACCUCCACCUCAUGCAGCGCCACCGGACAAGAGGAACGGCGCAGCGCGUGAUAUGCGCUCAGGCGGUGACACAGACGCGCAUAAUUUCCAAGAGUAUACUUACAAGAAAAUCACGCCCUGCGAUGUAUGCUCUCAAGUACUUAGAGGGCACACUCGUCAAGGACUCCGAUGCAGGAUUUGUAAGAUGAAUGUACAUACUGAUUGUAUGCCACAAGUGGGUAAAUGUCAAACGAAAUCUCGACUUCUACGCAGACAAAAGAGCACCUCUGAAAUUGAGGCGCACAGAAUCCAAGAUGCAGCAUUCGACGAAGAAAAGGAGGAAGUGGAUCAGACCUAUCAAGUUCUGAAGCGGGCCAACGAAAUAGCGAAGCCGGGCGGCGGCGCGGGCGGCGGGGGUCCCAUAGUGCGGGUCUCGGCGCCGGAAGAGCCGCCGCCCGCGCGCUCCCCGGCGCGCCCGAGUGCUGGCCUGGCAGUGGCACCGCAGCCCGUCUCCUCCAGCUCAGCGCCGCACUCGCCGAGACGCCAAAAGUUGAACCUUAGGAUGAAGAGCCUGUCGCUGGACUCGCCGGAAUGUGGAGAGCUCAGGCGUCGCCCUCGGGACCAGCCCUCGCAGGGUAGCAGAGUAUUAUGUGACUACAGAACGUAUUGCAUGAAAUAUGGCUCUAAUAGAAUAAGUAAUCCCAUGUUCCACAACCAUGUCCAUACUCAGUCAUCUCCGUCCUCUCCGGUACAUAGCCGACGACUUCUGAGUGCUAGAGGAGGCCGUAUGAGCAGUGUGGAACUGCCCGACGAACCUGAUAAGAGUCUGUCAUCGAACAGCGCUAGCCCAUGUCCGUCGCCAGUCAAGCAGCACAGCAAGCAUCAACGGCUAUUGCCUACGAACUUAUACGUGAUUCUGUACAACUUUAAGUCACGUCACGCUGAUGAAUUGGACUUGAAGGCGGGCUACAAGGUCACUGUCAUCGAUACAACUGACCCGGACUGGUGGAAGGGCAAGUGUCUCGGAAAGAUCGGUUAUUUCCCAUCAAAGUAUUGCAUGAGACUGCAAGCUGGAGAGAGACCUUUGCAAGUUACCCACAAUCUACAGGUGUCUGACGGUGAUAAUGGACUCAUGCUACUACGCGAUCAGAUAGUCGUUCAAGUUGGUGAUGAAGUUGAUGGCAUGGUGAUGAUCCGAAACGGUGAUAACCGAACAGGCGUGUGUCCGGUUAAAUUCUUACAGGAGGUGUGACGCUUUAAGCUACCACACUUCAAUGUCAUGAAGAGACGUGGCUCACUAUCUAAAGAAUCCAAUAAAUAUAACGAUCCAAAACCGACCCGAAGCGCACCGGUCACGCCCUGUGAAAGCGAAACAUCAACUUGGUCGGACACUUACGAAACGCAACGAUCAGACAAAGCGAGCUACGAAGCAUCCGUCGAAGGCGUGUGGUGGUGGCGAAGGCCCUUGGGAGUGAGACGUACAACCUGUAGAAGAUGUGGAGCCUCUUCCUCCUCGAGACCAUUAACAUUAACGCCCUGUACUGGAAUACCACUGGAUGACUAUGAUUACGACCGACGCCCUAUCAGGUCAGGUGACCGACCGUUGAAUUUCGUUAGACAACUGUUUCUCUAAAUCUAUUACAUAAUAUUUUCGACUAUUUCACUUUCAAUACGAUGACUCAAAUUAGACGUACCAGAUACUUAUUAUCAAUGCUUUGGUAGUACUAAAUAAACGGUUUUUGUUGAUGUUAAUUUGACCGAAAUGUUUGUGACGUCUAAGCUUUUAUCGAUCCCGCUAUUUUGAUAUUUUGCUUAAAAUUUUGAAAUUUUUAUAUUUAUUACGGCCUAUUUAAUUCGAAAAAAUACAAUCCUUCCAUAUUCAGAAUUUACUUUAAGGGUAUAUUUUUUAUUAUUGCAUAAGUGUAUACAAAAAUAUAGCAACAUAUCAUUUUACAAAUACAAAUAUAGUUCCGUAUGUUUGACGUAAUAAAUAUUGUAAGUAAUUAUAUAAAAAAAAACCCCUUAUAUUAUAAAUUUAUAUAUUCGAAUUUAACUGUUUACAUAAUUAGACUUAUAAUAACUAUUACCGUCCCAAACCGGGAGAUAGCUUUUCCAAAAGAUAUAUUACUUUUUUCACUACAAAAAAAUACACUAAACAGUUAUAGAUGAGCACCCAUUACAAACAAAGCAUUUAUUAAUACAAUCGAAUAAUAUAACUAAACCAAACUGUGACAAAAUACACCUCAGAAGUUACCAUAAGCUAUGAUAGCUGAGUAUGGAAAUAUAUUUUAUUAAAAUAAGUCGAUAAAACCAAUAAAAUACCCAACGAAUAAAUUUGCUCUAUUAACACAAGCGAUACGUAGAUCAGUAGAUAAGAAAAUAUCUAACAAAAGAAUUCAGGUCAGUUUAUCAACUAUAAAAACAUAA